AUGCAGCAACCACCCCUGUUCAAGAAGCCCUCCCUAGAUAUGGCUCGCUCGUACAAAGCACCCUCUGCAAAUACCUCGUUCAAUACGUCUUUCAACUCCAAUAGCAACACUGUAUGGUCAUUCCACCACACACAGGGGACGCAGGAGACAGCCGCUACUUCCUUCAAUUCGGACUUCGGCAACAUCGAUCAUAACUCUGCGAAAGCGACACGCAGUAGCUCCACCACCUUAGGAUCCCUCGAAGACCAGGAUCUGCUUGAGGGUAUCCGAAGGUUUGAGGCAAACUCCCCUCGUGAAGGGGGCCACUUCCAUCGCCCGUCUACUGCCACCACGCGAAGCUCGACAACGUAUGGAUCCAUUGACGAGGAUGCGCUGAUUGGCCUGCCGUCAAAUAAACCGGCUAAACCUACUGACAGAUCCGUACCCCGUACUCCCUCUCGGUCAAAGCAUACAUCUUCAACCGGGGCUCCUUCUCCCUCGAAGACUCUCUCAUCCCUAAAAAAUCUCAAUCCUGUCACACCCUCCAAAUCCGGUUCACCUCUCAAAACACGUACUUCAGCGCACAAGUCUGCCUCAGUCGAGCGGAUGGCUACGACAAAUGACUCUCCCUCUCUUACCUCUUGGCGAAUCAGGAAUAUUCCUUCUUUCAAUCUUUUCGUUGAUGACAUUGACGACAGUCUGGAGGACUACCCAUAUUUCAUCCUCUUCAUUUCCCUUCGAGUGGCUCUGGAGCGCAACAUGUCGCUGAAGGACUUGAUGAAGGGCUUGGACCCAAGAGUGGCGGAAGCAGACCAGGAGAGUUUCUGGGCCCACGUCGAAGGGCGCACUGGCAUAACACCUUCCUUCCGGGAGUCGAGGAAAAUAUGGGCAGCCGCCAAAGACGACUUCGAUUGCUACUCGUUCAAAGGCACUGUAAGAUUCAAUCCAAAAUUCAAAUCUAAGGAUCGUGAACCCUUCUUCAAUCUUAAUCUUUCGCCGAUAAAGAAAGAGGACUCUUGUCGCUUGCAGCGCAAUUUUGGUGCGGACCGUUUCCUGUACCUCACAUUUCCAUCUAUGGACACUAAAGUGGAAGUCGAGAAGAGAUGGCAGGAGUGGUUUCUGAGGGAGCAUUCGUUUCUAGGCCGAAAGUGGAGAGCUUUUUAUGUUAAAUCUGAGAAGAAAGCUAAAAGCACUCGAGACAAGAAAGAAGCUAAAAGCACUCGAGUCGAGAAAGAGAACAUCUUGAGAGUUGUCCUGUUUGCCACCGAAGGUCUGCAGAUCACCACCCCCUGCUCGAUUGCCGACAUGCUCAACUGGUUCUUUCCCUUCGAACACAAUCAAAAUCAAAGCAUCUGCAAGGCAUUUGCUCGGUUGGAUCUCGCUUUGUCAACGACGGUGCCAACACUGGUCUUCAAGCCGUCUCAAGUUCGGAAUGUCAGGGACAUAGUAGCAGAUGGUUUGUUGGAGGAUACACGCUUCAACGAUCAUAGCCUUCACUGGAGUGAGAUUGAAGGCAAACCAGCUGUUAUGAAUGAUGGUUGCUCUUUGAUCUCACUUGGAGCUGCACAGGAGAUAUGGCGGUUGUAUAAGAAGAGAACUGGUCGGAACGAGCGCAUGCCCACGGCUUUUCAAGCCAGAAUCGGGGGUGCCAAGGGUCUGUGGGUUGUCAGCCCGGAGGCACCCAGGUCAGCAACUGAAACUCUGCCCAUUUGGAUCGAAAUCAGCGAAAGCCAACUGAAGUUGCAGCCUCAUCCGGAGGACCUACUGGAUGAGAAAUUUGAUCCCGUUAGGUUAACCUUCGAUGUCAACGAUUACAGCAGGAUGCCGACCCCCUCCGACCUACACACCUCCUUCAUAUCAAUCAUGGUGGAUAGAGGCGUCCCUGUAGCAGCCAUUGAGAGGGCGAUGAAUGAUCACCUUGACAUUGAGAGAACUGAGCUUCUGGAAAUGUUGGAAGACAAUCAGAAAACAUACAACUGGGUACACAGACAGAGCAACACGGUGCAGAAUCUAGAGGAUAUGACCUGGCAGGCAGGAUUGCCAGCAUCCCUCCGCGAUAAGGUGAAGCUGCUGAUUGAGGGCGGUUUCGAUCCAAGAGAAGAGCCAUACCUGGGGAGUAUGCUCUCAAGCCUCAUUCGAGAAGAACACCUCGAUGAGGAGAAGAAGCUCCGCAUACCCUUGGCCAAGUCGACCAACAUGUUUGGCAUUGCUGAUCCACUCGGAGUGCUUGCCCCUGGUGAAGUACAUGUCCAAUUCUCCGGUUUCUUUGAGAUUCUCGAAACCGAGGAAAGCUUCCUCUCACUUGAGAACAUCGAGGUUUUGAUCGCUCGUCAGCCGGCUUGUCGACGAUCUGACAUACAAAAAGCCCGAGCUGUUGCUCACCCCAGCCUAAGCUACCUGGUUGACGUGAUCGUCUUCCCCUCACGGGGGCAAUAUCCAAUGGCCGGUAAGCUACAAGGCGGCGAUUAUGAUGGGGAUAGGUUCUGGGUUUGCUGGGAAGAGGAUUUGGUUCGCCCAUUUAAGAAUGCUCCCGCUCCGACACAGGCCCUUGAUCAUACUCGAUACGGGAUCCAGCAGGAUACAACCAAACUGCGCGAGAUAAUGCCGCCUGACGACGCUUUCCUGACCGGCGGCGGCAAUUCCCCCUGGGUUGACGAGUUCUUGCGCAAGGCUUGUGAAUUUCGGCUACGACGUGAUAUGCUGGGCAAGGUAACAAAAUACCAUGAGAAGCGAGCUUAUCAAGAGAAUCGGAUCUAUUCUGAAACGCUCGACGCGCUGUGCGACAUGCAUGAUUUACUGGUGGAUGCACUUAAGCAAGGCUAUAUGUUCAGUGAGCAGGAUUUCGAGAAAACCAAGCAGCGCCUGAAGCUCCCGCGCGAACUGCCAAUACCCACCUAUGAAGAAGCUAUGGAUGCGGCAGCGAAAAAGGAACCCCAGAGAGAAGACUGGGAGUUCAAGAAGCACAACGCGAUCGACUACUUGUACUUCCUCGUUGUCAAGAAGCACCAUCGGGAGACGCAUCAACUUGUCGAGAAACGCCUAUCCAAAGAGGUGGCUGACGACGAGGCCGUCAGCUAUCUGUAUCGACGAGAGAUCAGCAAGUGCAAUGUAGCCAUCAACUUUGAGUUGAGCGGCUUGAAGAGACGCUUCGAACCCGUUUAUCGUCACUGGAAUGCAGCUUUCGGCGGAGGUAACAAUGACCUCUCAUCCGAGGAGAAAGGCGCCGCCAUAGCAAAGUGCUACAAUUUGUACGAAGCAAUCAAGCCGGAGAACGACGACCUACCUGAAAUCAAAAUGUGGACACAGUCGUAUCUGUCUGAAAACAUGACGCUCUGGCCUUUCCUCAAAGCUUCGGCAUUGUAUGCCACCUAUCCCAAGAAAUGGAACUUCGUGUACCGAAUGGCGGGUGAAUAUAUAGCGAUGUUGAAGGCUUACCGUUCGGAAUUCAGAAGCCUGCGCACAAUAACUGGUCCGAUAUAUUCGAUGCUGAGGCCUAGAUUACCACCGAAUCCGGUGCAUGAGGACCUGAGAGGGAGCGAUAUGGAAGAGAAAGAUGAGGACGAUGACAGUUUUGUCACUCCGAUGGAGGAAUGA